GUUGAAGAAGACUCAGCUACAAAUGGUGGAAGUCUUGAUACUAGAGGUUGAAGAUCCGGGUUGCUUUUGGGUUACUUUAAAAGGAAGUGGGCCUUAUGUAGCCAAUGACAUAGAAUAUAUAAACAUGAAUGCUGAAAUGAAUCAGUUCUAUAACAAAUCUGGUCGAGAUGCAGAUGAAAUAAAACCACUAAUGUUAGAAGAAGGCCAGAUUUGUGUGGUUUUUAGCAAGGAACUAAAAUGCUGGUGUAGAGCAAUUAUUAAGUCAAUCAUGUCCUGCACAGAUUAUUAUCUAGUGGAAUGUUUUCUUGUGGAUUAUGCCAAAUAUAUCUACGUUAAAUCAAAAGACAUUCGAAUUGCAGAGGACAAAUUUAUGCAAAUUCCAUAUAGAGCAAAGCAAUGUGGACUGUAUCGCACAAAGCCAGUGACUUUACAUAUCAACUUUUGUGAAGAUACUGCAAAAAUAAUACCAGCUAAAAGAUGGGAUUGUGCUGCUGCUCAAUAUUUUCAAAGCCUUCUCAAAGCAACUACUGAAAUCAAAGCCCAGUUAUGUGCUGUCGAAGGUAACAAAUUUGAUGUUCUACUUUAUGUGACAAUAAAAAAUGAGAAGGUAUGUGUUAAUGAUGAUCUAGUCUCAAAGAAUUUUGCUCAUUUUGAAGAAAGUAAAGAGAUUGCAGAGUGUCCUGCAAAUGAUGAAGAGAGCGAGACAUCGUUAAAUGCCAAGUAUCCUCUUCCACUGAAAAUUACUCAUCCUUCACUUGCUUUCAACCCAGUACUAUUUCAGGAGGAGGUAGCCAAGAACGUUGAAACAGGUCAUACUGUCUCCAGUUCCUUUCCUUUCAAGAAAGGACUAAAUAAUCACCAAAUGUCAAGCAGAGAUCUAAAUGGAAGCACCGAAUCUAAUUUUCAAAAUGUUAGUGCAGAAGGAAAGUUUGUUUUUCUUAGCAACAAAAUUGAGCCAUCUACAAUUCUGGAAACAGCACCACUUUUUGAUGAACUGAAAAAGGAACUUAUUCGGAAAAACUUUUUAGGCCCUAACUUCACAGAAUCUUAUUGUUGGCCACCAAUAGCUCGGGGAUGUGAUGUACUUGCCAUCUCACAUCAGGGAAAUGAUCCUCUGUUAUAUAUUCCACCACUUCUUACGUUUUUGCAAUCAGAAAGUUGCUACAAAUCCUUGCCAAAUAGGAGUGGACCACUGGCAUUAAUUGUAUGUCCUGGAUGGAAGAAGGCGCAACUUGUGUUUGAAUUAUUGAAAAUAUACAGCAGAUUUUCCAGACCACUUCAUCCCAUGUUGAUAAUAGUUGGGCAAAAAAAAGAAGAAGCUAGGGACAUUAGAAUUCAUCGAGGAUGUGAAGUUAUCGUGACUACACCAUACAGCCUCUUGAGACUGUUUGAACAUCACAGUUUAUUAUUUCUUAGACUUUGCCAUCUUAUUUUUGAUGAGAUUGAGGUACUGUUCUCUGAAGCUAGUGAACAGGUUUUUACCAUACUAGAUUAUUAUAAGAAAACUAUAACUAUAGAAGAACGUCUGUAUUCACCACAUCAGAUUGUUGCUGUUGGAACUUGUUGGAAUAAACAUAUAACAGAAUUACUGAAGGAAUUCAUGAAUGAUCCUUAUAUUGUAAUAACUUCUAUGGAGGAAGCUUCCAUAUAUGGAAAUGUCCAACAGGUUGUGCAGCUUUGCUUGAACAGUGAGAGGAUUGCCGUGUUGCUCAGAAUACUGGAUUUAACACCUAAGCAUAUUGAAAAGACGCUCAUAUUCACUAGCACAACAAGUGAAACAGAAAUGGUUCAUCAGGCACUGAGAAGCAAUUCGGUAUUUUCUGUGGAAAUACAUAAAGAAAAAGAGUUUAGUUUUGAAUAUGCUUUACAGCACUGGAGUUCUGGCACUCGUGUUGUGUUAGUCUUAACAGAUGACUGCAUGCAGUCUUUGGGAAUUACGGAUGCAACUUGUGUGAUACAUUUCAGUUUUCCUUCUUCUCCAAGAAUCUUUGGUCAACGACUACAGAACAUGUCUGACAACUUCCAUAAUGUGAUAGAGAAGGGUUCUUGUGUAGAUCAGGAGCAUACAAAGGCAAGGUCAGUCUUAUUCUUGACAGAAAAUGAUGCUUGCUGUGCUCUUGGGGUCCUGCGCUAUUUGGAGCGUGCUGAAACUGAAAUCCCACGAGAACUUUAUGAUUUUACUGCCAGGGUGCUAGAAGCUGAAGAAGAGAAGAAGUUUGCAAGGCCACUUUGCACCUAUCUUAAAACACUUGGGAUUUGCAAGAAUAGGAGGGUGUGUGCAGAUCGUCAUCAUAUUAAUGUACAAACAGAUAUGCCAGAUAAAAUUAUACCAACGCUUGGGUGUGUGACAGUAAUGCCUCUCCAUAUUAUAAAUGCAACAAACUACUUUGGUCGCAUAAUAGAUAAACAAAAGGACCAAUAUGCGAUUCUUGCUGAAGAAAUCAAUGAUUAUUUUAAGAAACCAAGUAAUAAGGUCUCUGUUGAAAAGGUGGAGAGGCUAGCAUUAUAUGGAUUGUAUGAAGAAGCACUUUUUCACAGGGUUCAGGUAGUAGAGUUUUCCCCAAAAGAGGAAGAAAAAUUCUUUAAUGUUACAAUUAAAUACAUAGAUGAAGGCAGAAUAAGUCAAGUUGAGAGCCAUCAAUUGCUUCAGUUACCUGCAAGAUUUCAGUGUCUGCCACCUCAGGCUGUGGAAUUCAUAGUUUGUAGCGUGAAGCCCAUUGAUAAUGAAAUUGAAUGGAACCCAAGGGUUACUAGCCACAUUUAUCACAAAAUUAAAGGAAAUCCCCAUGAGGCAAAAAUAGUGCUUACUUUGGGAAAUACAGUUUGGGUUGAACCAAUGGUCCGGGUUACCAGGCUUUCAAAUUUGAAGACGUCUGUCAAUGAAUACAAUGUUCGAUCUGAGAUUUUGUCCAUGGGGCUAGGAACAGACAAUCCGGAACACAUAGAACAACUUCAGAAGUUGUGCAGACGUGUGAAAGUACCAACUCAUGAGAAGAACCUGGAGACUUUAUUAAAGGAGGAAAUGGCCAGUCCACAAAGUGUGUCCAGCUUGGAGAAUAUACAAGAAAACUCGAUUGAAAGCUGUAGCUCUUCCAAAGUGACUAUGGAGAAUCAUUCAUAUGACAGCGUAGCAGAAAUUAAGGAAGCAGAAGAUUCUACCCUUCAUCAGCGUAAAUGCUUUUAUCCAGAAAUAAAAUGGUUUCAAAAUGAAGAGACUGUUACAGUGAAAGUUAAAAUAGCAAGUAUAUCAGACUAUAAAUGCGAGUUCUCUAAAGAGAAGGUGGUUUUCAGUGCUUGUUCAGGAGACAGAUCUUAUUUGGCUGACCUGGAACUGCAACAGCAUAUACUUGCAGAAAAAUCUGCGUGUGUGAUUAAGGAUAAAGAGGCUGUUAUUGUCCUUGCCAAAGAAGAGAGCGAGCUGUGGUGCAAGCUGCUGAAAAACAAGAAUCCUCAUGUGUCUUUUGAUUUUGAACACUGGGAAGAUUUUGAGGAUGAAGGCCCAUUUCCGACUGGUAUUAAAAAAUUGCAUUAUAUUAAUGAGGUAACAGAAUGGAUGGACUCUUCAGAAGACAGUGGAACAGAAAGUGAUGAUUAAUUUGGAGAUAA